AUGAACUCUCACACGCCUCGCCCUUUUCCGGGACGAUCAAUAGCAGGAGGGUCCAACCAGCAUGCGCAGCCACGGAAUCCCCCCGCGCCGCAGGUGUCUUCCAACGAGGAUUACGGCACCAUUGCUGACGAGGAUCGCGAACACAUUGAUGAAGUCUUCGACUUGAUGGAUAUGAAGAAGAAAGGGUGGCUGAAUAGCUACGAAUUCAAACACUCGCUCGCCGCGCUCGGCUUCGACAUGCCCAAACCCGACUACUGCAGAGAGCUAGAAAACUACGGCACAGUACCGCCCGACUGGCGAGACCCUCACAGCUGCCCAGUCAACCGCCUCCUCAUCUACCCCGACCAGUUUCGACUAUGCGCCGCAAAGCUCAUUGCCCGACGAGACCCGCGUGAAGAGGCUAUCAAAGUGUUCAACAUGUUCGACUACGACCAGGACGGCAUCAUCUCGGUCGAGGACAUGAGGCAUCUAGCUCAAGACAUCAAAGAAGAACGCACAAUGACGGAUGAAGAGAUCCAGACCAUGAUAGAACAUCUCGACCACGACGGCAAAGGCGGGGUGAAUCUCGAAGAGUUCAUACAGAUGAUGGAGGAGGCUGGCUAG